UAUAAAAUCUAAAACCAACCUAAUCUCAUGUCCUUUAUACACUUCCACCAACCAUCCCUCGACCUCGGUCUCCUCAUGGCUUCCGGCCAUACGAUCAAGUCGUUCCGAUGCAAUUUCUGUGAUCGUGGUUUCUCCAACGCGCAAGCCCUAGGCGGGCACAUGAACAUCCACAGGAAGGAUCGAGCUAAGCUCAAAGACUUCUCCGACGAGAACUUUCUUUCUUUGGACAUCACCAAGGCCAAUUAUCCGGAGAAUCCCUCAGCCAGCGAAGAGACAAAGAAGGCCGCGAAUUCUAACGACGAGAUUCAAGAUUGUGCUCCAACUUCCAAGCCCAUUUCGGUACGUGGUUUGCCAUUAUUUUCAGUUAGUGAAGAUGAAAAGAAUUCAGAGGAGAAUAAAGUGGAGUUGAUCCAUGGCGGAUUAGAUCUUGAACUUCGAUUAGGGAUUGAGCCUUAUCAUGAUGCAAAGAUUAAUACCUAAUCCUUACAAUAUCUAUAAAUACGAUAUGCAUACGUCCAUUUAAUUAAUAUGUAUGUGUAUAGUUUAAAUAUAUGGAGCUCCAACAUACUGAAUGGAUUAAUAGAUUUACACCCAAAAUUGGUUAGGAUUCGAAUAUAUAUACGUUGAGGCCAAAUAAUUGUACACUCUUUUAUUCAUCAGUUUGCUAAUGUAGUCUGCACAACGGAUUAUUUGUAAUGAACUAUAGUGCUAAGUAAUGGAAAUUGAUUUAAAUGGAUUAUCUUUUUGAA